GCGCGGCCCCGGAAGGUCACACGGGCUCCUCCAACAUGGCGGCGGCGGCUCUGCGGAGCGGCUGGAGCCGCUGUCCGCGGAGAUGCCUGGGCGGCGGCGGGAUCCAGUUUCUCUGCGGCCACCACCCUCCCCAUGUCGCCAGCUCCCUGCCAUGCCGCCCGGGGACAGAGCUGACGCCGGUGAGCCCGCGGCUGCGCGUCGGGGGCCGGAAGGGCUUCCUGUCGGGGCUGGUGGCCAACAUCCGGCAGGAGCUGGCGCGCAGCAAGGAGAUGAGGGAGAGCAUCCAGCGCUUCCGCGACGAGGCCCGGCGGCUGGAGGACUCGGCCGCGCUGCGCGAGGCCCGGCGCAAAUACAAAAGCAUCGAGUCGGAGACGGUGCGCACGGGCGAGGCCCUGAAGAAGAAGCUGGGCGAGCUCACGGGCUCCGUGAGGGAGAGCCUGGACGAGGCGGGGCGCAGCGCGCUGGGCCGCCGGCUGCGCGAGGGCGUGGAGGAGGCGGCGCGCAGCGCCCGGCACUCGGCCGAGACCGUGUCCAGGGGCGGCGAGAAGCUCGGCCGCUCGGCCGCCUUCAGGGCCAUCUCGCAGGGCGUGGAGUCGGUGCGGAAGGAGAUGGACCGCAGCGCGCUGGAGCACACGGGGCCCUACCGCAGGCCAGAGCGCCUGCGCAGGAGGACGGAGUGCGCGGGGGCCGCGCCCGACGCCAGGCGCCUCCCCGAAAACCGGGAGGCUCUGGGCGUGGUGGUGCACAAGGACUCACGCUGGUACCAGCAGUGGAAGGACUUCAGGGACAACAACGCCGUGCUCCACCGCAUCUUCGAGAUGAAGAUGAGGUAUGACGAGAGCGACAACGUGCUCAUCCGUGCCUCCCGCGCCCUCACCGACAAGGUCACCGACCUGCUGGGCGGGCUGUUCGCGAAGACGGAGCUGUCGGAGGUGCUGACGGAGAUCCUGCGCGUGGACCCCGCCUUCGACAGGGACCGCUUCCUGCAGCAGUGCGAGCGCGACAUCAUCCCCAACGUGCUCGAGGCCAUGAUUUCCGGGGAGCUUGACAUCCUCAAAGACUGGUGCUACGAGGCGACGUACCGGCAGCUGGCGCAGCCCAUCCAGCAGGCCAGGGCCCUGGGGCUGCAGUUCCACUCCCGCGUCCUGGACGUCAGCAACGUGGACCUGGCCAUGGGCAAGAUGAUGGAGCAGGGCCCGGUGCUCAUCGUCACCUUCCAGGCCCAGCUGGUCAUGGUGGUCAGGGGCCCGCGCGGAGACGUGGUGGAGGGCGACCCGGACAAGGUCCUGCGCAUGCUGUACGUGUGGGCGCUGUGCCGGGACCAGGCGGAGCUGAACCCGCUCGCGGCCUGGCGGCUGCUGGACAUCUCGGCCUCCAGCUCGGAGCAGAUCCUCUGAGGAGCACCGCCGCGGGAGGAGCCCCGCGCCCCGGGAGGAGCCCCGCGGGGGAGGACCGCGGGGGCGGGGACGUCCCGGCCGGCGCUGGGCGCAGCUCGGGGCGGACAAUAAACACCAAAGUGACGGCA